GAUCAGCUUACUAAACAGGGCAGCAACAACCCACAGCGUCACGGGGACACCGCACUGCCCACUCUACGCGCGACCAGCCUUUCUUCUUCGGUCUCGCGCUGUGGAAUUCUCAGCCCUCCCGACUGUCUCGUGAGUCCCCCGCCCGCCGUACAGCGAGCGAGGAAUAUGUAACUGAGUGCUUUCCCGAACUCCAUUGCGUAGCGCAGCUCGGGCUCGCCAUAUUGAGAGGGAUUUUCUUUGGGUGGCAGUUGGUCUGAGGAAGUGGAGACGUGCCAGAGGGAUAUAAAAGAGACGAGGCGCUGCAGAAUCUGCCUGGGGAACGCAGCAGGUUUGGACUAGUGUACCUUUGAGAGAAGUAAGAUGGACUUAACUGGGCAGCCGAUAUGCACAGACAUAGAACCUCAACCAGAAGCUAGAAUGAGAAAAUAAUGUUAAUAGGAGUUCAGAAGCAACUUCAAACAAUACAGUAAGACAACUGAACUGCCUUCUGGAAGGUUCCCUCAGCAGUGACAGUGGAGCUGGUCCCUCAAGCCUCAGCAAUGUCGCAGGCAGUGCAGGCGAAUGGAACCCAACCACUAAGCAAAACAUGGGAGCUCAGUCUGUACGAGUUGCAGAGGACACCGCAGGAAGCAAUUACAGAUGGCUUGGAGAUUGUGGUGUCACCACGGAGCCUUCACAGUGAGCUGAUGUGCCCUAUUUGCCUGGAUAUGUUAAAGAACACCAUGACAACCAAGGAGUGCUUACAUCGAUUCUGUGCUGACUGCAUCAUCACAGCCCUCAGGAGUGGAAACAAGGAGUGCCCUACCUGUAGGAAGAAGCUAGUUUCAAAAAGAUCUUUACGACCAGAUCCAAAUUUUGAUGCCUUGAUCAGUAAAAUCUACCCAAGCAGAGAUGAGUAUGAAGCUCAUCAGGAAAUGGUACUCGCAAAAAUUAGCAAACACAACAACCAGCAAGCACUGAGUCACAGCAUAGAAGAGGGUCUCAAAAUACAGGCCAUGAACAGAUUACAGCGAGGGAAGAAGCCACAGGUUGAAAAUGGCAGUGGACCAGAAGACAAUGGGGACAGUUCUCACUGUAGCAAUGGCUCAACACAUAGCAAUCAGGAAGCUGGACCAAGCCAGAAGAGAGCGAAAACUUCCGAUGACUCUGGGCUGGACUUAGAUAACACAACAGAGACAAUGACUGUGGACUCAUCACUGGAUGGAACCAGUGAGAUUGAACUAGUUUUUAGGCCUCACCCGACGUUAAUGGAAAAGGAUGAUUCUGCACAAACCAGGUACAUUAAGACCUCUGGUAAUGCUACAGUGGACCAUUUAUCCAAAUACCUUGCAGUGAGGCUUGCCCUGGAGGAGUUGAGGAGUAAAGGAGACACAAGUCAGAUCAAUAUGGAUUCAGCCAGUGAAAAGCAGUAUACAAUCUAUAUUGCUACAGCUAAUGGCCAGUUCACUGUAUUAAAUGGCUCAUUCUCCUUGGAGCUGGUUAGUGAGAAGUACUGGAAAGUAAACAAACCCAUGGAACUAUACUAUGCACCAACCAAGGAGCACAAAUAAGCCUUACCCAAAAUUUGACGACACCAAACUGUGAUCAUUUUUACAACCGCGAGUUCUUAACCUUGGAAACUGUACCACUGUGUUGUUUCUGUUAUGGACAAGUAGGCUGUGGGUAUCUCAAGGGAGAUAAAAAAACAGAAUGUGUAUUUUGAGUUGCUGCUUGCUAUUAUAGGCCAGCAAUUUUUUUUUUUUUUGUGAUUAUGAAAGGGGAGCAGGAGAUUCUAAACGGACUUUGCACAGAAAUAAGAGUAUACAGGGUGGAUACAGUUCUGUUUUUAUCUUUUAUUUGGGUCACAGCCCUCAAAACAGACUUUUUCUUACCUAACUGUCUGGGAGGACAACCAGACUGUGUUAACAACUACUAUAUUUCUUAACAUUUUAUAACUUAUUCUAGCGCAGCUACAGAUUGUUGGUCCUCAGAGCCAAAAGUAUGUGGUAAAUGUUCUUCCUGGUUGUUACAGACUUCCUGUCCACAUUAUCAAGUCAACCUUGAGUAAAACCCUGUUGUAUGAACACCAGCUUGGUCCAAGCCUGAACAAGUGUAUGUAAUUCUCAAGCCCGACAGUUAAGGCAGGAUUAAUGUUUCAAGGUACAGCAUCAGUAUUCUGGUACAUGUGGUGCUGAUAUCUGCAAUUCUUUCUCAGAAGGUCCAGACGGAUUCAGUGCAGUGGCGACUUGCACUAACACCAAUGCAACUUUGGUUCAUUUCUGAGCUCUGCUGGUGGUGUGCCUACUCAAAAUGUUUACAGGGCAGCUUAGAAGUCCAUGUUGGAUAGGGUUUACUGUAAUCAAAAUGAUCUGAACAGUACAAUACACACUGCUGUGUGGCAUGUUUUUGUGUUUAGAGUCUGUGUUUAGGAACCUUCUCCUUUUAAAGCGAUAGCCAAUGCAUAUGUUUGUUAACUGCUCAUUUCAGAGGACUUUGUUUUCAGAAGGUGAACCUUGCAUGUUUUUAGACUAGAUGCAGUCUCUGUAUUUCUCAGAGCAUUAUAAAAAGAUAUGGAUGUUUGCCCUGAUGGUUUUGUGUGUGUGUGUGCGCGUGUGUGUCUGUGUGUGUGUGUGUGUGUGUGUGUGUGUGUGUGUGUGUGUGUGUGUGUGUGUGUGCGCACUUCAGUGUAUAUCUCUGUAUGUGUACAGCUGGUUAUAUAGAAGAUGGUAAGAGUAAAUAAAAUGUAAAAGAAAAAUAUGUUAAAAGAGAUCAGGGCAGAAGCAGAUACAGUGUAGACGUGUUAGUGUUGCUCCUGAUUUUAUGGCCACCCCGCCAUAGGUAAGGUAUGAUGGGAACAAAAACACACCACCAGGCAAACAAGGUAAAUGAAAGUAAAUCCACAGUUUGGAGCUGUGACACAGAUGUUUUAGUAAAAGGACAGAGUAUGAUAUAAAAUUAAAAAACGGGCAUGCUUCCAAAGGGGAAGGUAACAAAUAUUACGGUGGCCAUAUUAUCUGUCUGUGACAUUUGUAACCUGUGUUCAUGAUGAAUUCAAGCUACUAAAGGAUGCUUUAAAGGGGACAGGGUGGGAGUAGGGCAUUAACUGGCUAGAGGCCUUUUCUUCUUCUUGCUUGCCACUGGGAGGAGUGGGUUCUUUCUGGGAGCAACGAACUCCUCAUGGCUAUUCAAGGCGACCUUAAUGACCACUGCUGUGGCUUUGGCUGAUUUGGUGUUGACUUUCUGGAGGUACAUAAUGGUAUCUGUCCUUUUUUUGUACGUGCCCAGAAUAGAGUUGGGGAAGUAAAUAAAACCCAGUCCGAGGGCACAUGGUCUCUUUUGCCCUUCUGUGGGAGAUGGCUUACUUGCUGCUGUAGUUUAGUAAUAGGUGUAGUGGUGAAAAGAAAAGUGAUGUGGGAGUGAAGGCUUAAAGGGUGGUCACGGGGCUUAUGUACAGCUUAAUAUAAAAAUAAAAAAAUGGGGUCCUUCUUGUCUCGGUUUUAAAGAAAGUUGUAGAAUAUUGGGGAAAGAGAGGCUAGAAGGGGCUAUGCUGCCCUGCACUUAUUUAGGCUGUAUGUAUAUUCUGUUUGCACACUGUAAUGCAAAGGAUGUUUAAUUCUUGGAGUUUCUUUACAUUGUCUUAUACGUGCCAGCCACCAUGAACCGGAAGAGAUGGUCUGUUUACGCAGCUUCAUGGUACGCAACAGACUGGCAUAAUGCUUGCAGUUUUAGGAUCCAUCUCGAAUUCAUGAUUUCCCUCAUCAUUUUUGUUUUCCUUAGGGAAACUGGGUGAUUUGUCCUGUCUCUUCCUGCACUGUUCAUUUCCCAAGGUCUACCUCCCCAACCCACUUUUCAUUUAUAAAAAGUGUGGCUUUCCUGUUUGUGACCUCUGAAAUGGUGGCAUACAUUCUGACUUGUUAACUUGCAUUGUUAGUUUAGUAUGGAAAAUAACAAGCUGAUAUUGUAUUUAACUUUAUAAUAGGUUAAUGCUGUAUUUAACUUUAUUUGCAUUUGUUUUUUAGAAUAUUUCUAUUGUAAAUUACUGAGAUUUUGAUAAAAUAUUAAAAAUUUGCAACUGUUUUCCAAUUUUCAAAUGGGUAAUGUUGUACUCUGAAAAGCAUUUACAGCAAAUUGUUCUCCAGAUUCCUAAAGGAACUGUAGGUUUAGUCAAUGGGAAUUUAUAAUGUAAGUGUAGCUUUGUAUUAAAAAUGUACUGUAUCAAUUUCCUUCCACCCUUAAAAGUGUAGAAAGUCAGUUACUGGUCAUUUUUCAUACCAGCAGUAAAUUAUGGGCAUCCUAUGUACUGUAUUUGUUAUCCAAUUAAGUUAAAUAUGAUACAAAUAUUAAACACAUUUAUUCCACAAA